AUAAGAAUCCCGCCGUCCAAACAGUAGCACAUUCGGGAAAGGCUAACAUUUUAUUGAAAGACUCCCCCCCCACACACACACACAGAAAGCAAUCCAGAAAGCCCCUGGAUCAGAGAUGACUUACAGGAGGGACAGGAGUAUACGAGAUGUGUAUGAAGAGCGCUUUAUGUCUGACAGGCCAGGGAGAGGUCAGUACUCUCGAGGAGGGGAGAGGCGAGGACACUUUGGCAGGCCUGAUGGUUAUGAAUAUGAAGGAGGUCCUCGCUUUUUCCCAAAUGGCGGGGCGCCACGUAAUUACCACGGAGAAGAUCAGCGGGGCUACCACGGAGAUGCCGGUCAUUUCCCCUCAGAACGCAGAGCUGGUCCCCAUUCAAGAAGGGAUGAUUAUUCUUACAGAGGACCCAGGGAUGAGCAACACACAGGACGGCCUAUGGAAUAUAAUAACCUGCAGCUACCACCACCGCGAAACCAAGGCAUGUACCCAGCGCCCCGAUCGCUACCAGAAAGCGGCGCCGACACGCUCGUGCAAGCUAUCCUCAACCUGGACCGGGGGGACGACAGACAGGACUACCGGAGGAAGGCGCCUCCGUUCCCGCCCCUCAGAGACCGUUCCCCCCACAGCCGCUCGGGUUCGAGCGUGAGCAGCAGGAGCUACUCGCCGGAUCGCGCCAAAAACCUCACGUUUCCCUCACAGCAAGGCAAGAGUGGGGAUGGUCCAGAGGGGCAGACAGGUCCAAAUGAGCACCUCCGGGGGGCGCUCUUUCCUCACAGUGGACAUGAGUCUACAGAAAAGAUCCCAGGUCUGUCAAGAGAAGGCUCUCCAAGCAGUGCAACCUCAACCAAGGAGGAGAACAAUGCGCCUGAAGCAGAAAAAGAGGAAGCAUUGUCAGCUCUUGUUACUGAGGAGAGUCAGAAGACAACCACAGACAACUUUAAGGAGCGGCGAGGGCUGGCAAUUGCAGCUAAAGCCCGGGAGAUUGAAAAGGUGUACCGCCAGGACUGUGAAACGUUCGGUAUGGUGGUGAAGAUGCUGGUCGCUAAAGAUCCCAAUCUGGAGAAGCAGCUACAAGUCCCCCUCAGGGAGAACCUUGGGGAGAUCCGUGAACGUUGUCUCGAGGACCUCAAACACUUCAUCAGUGAAUUGGAUGAGGCAAUACGACAGCCAGAACCCCCCACUUGUGACUCGACCGCCCCUUCUACAACCUCGAGCAGCCAUAAAGUUUCAAAGACGGGGAUCAAUCACAGCUCAACUUUCUGACAAAUUGGCCUGAUGGAACAUUUUAGGAUUAACGUCUGAACACAGCAGAUAAUGUUGGAUUCUGGCUCACUGGACACAUGUUGGAUUUCUGGAUUUAGACUUUUUUUUUUUUUUUUCCAGCAAGGAGGGUAAGCGUUAAUCAGUGUUAGUUUUGAACAAUAAUAAUAAUAAUUUUUACCUAUUUAGUGUUCUCUGUGAAAAGUUAAAGUUGAAAUCUACUGGUGCUGUGUCACCAUGUUAAAGCUAAUGUCGCUAACCUUUUCAAUGACCAUCACAAAAAACGUUUUUCAAAUAAAAAUACCUGCUGGGUUUUUUUUUUUAUUUUUUUUUUUGCAUUUUAAAUUAUUUAUUGUGCUUUACACCGGUACUCAUAAACCGUUAAAUUAAAAAAAAAUAACUUGUGUUAUUUACAAGUGAAAAGUGGGCAGUUGAUGCUGAAAAUUAGCCAACGCAAGUAGAAACUAUGGCCAAAACCCAACAAAAAGCAACAUUUUCUGCAGCUUUGCAAAAAUAUUUUAUUACAAGCAUCUUUACAAUCUUAGGCAUAUAACUGGUUAUGACAACUGACGUAGUGAAUAUUUCGGCUCAAUAUAGACAUUACAUAUUGUGGUAAAUGUUACAAUAGACCAUGUUUUAUGGCACUUAACUCAAGAACAGUUUAUGAAACGGCACCUUCUUGGUUCCUUAUAAAAUAGGGUGUGUGUUUACAUUUACAGCUAGUAUUUUUCACUUUAAUCACACUUGAAAAGCAUUUAUUUUUCAACCGCCAAUGUAAAGGUACAGUAUUCAAAUCUUAACUUAGUAUUUACAGUACAAUUUUACUAUUUUCCAUUAAAUUAUCUAGUUAGUUUCUUCGUCUACUUGUAUCAUCCACCUUUGUGUAGUUUACCUAUUGACUGUACAUGUAGCUGUAAAACCCAGAUCAAUAUUUGAAGAAAAAAAAACUAACCAUUAAAUGCUUUUAC